AUUCGAACCCCAAAAGAGAUAAGAGAGCAAAAAGUAUCCACACAACCCAAGAGAGAAGGAAGGAAGAGAGCAGUCCGCAGGUUCAUUCUUCAGUGCGUAGAACUGACUGUUUGAGCCAUAACUCGAGAUCCACUCGUCCAAUUAAGGCGUAUAAGAUACCAAAAGAAAUCUCUCAAGACGAGGAAUCCGUGAAGGUCUGGUUUGCAUCAAUCGAAAUAGGGUAAGGCUUCCAAAUCGUCUGAGCAAAACACAACUUCGCAGAAACGUAUUUACUCUCCUAAAGAAACGAGUUAGCCGGAAAACACCCAUUCUAGGGGCUGUUUUCGUACCAACAAUUAAGGGUUGAACUAGCACUUUGAGGAGGCUGUUUGACACUCAUUUCUAAGCAAGGAAUCAGUUCUCAAGCUUCCUUGGCCGAGGCUUUGGUCAUUGGAUCGAGAAGGAAAGUUUUAAAGCUCAUUUGAGGGUUAGCUAACCCGUUGGAGCACUUGGGUGGUAACAAGGAUCGAACUCAUUAGGAACCGCUAAGAGAAGAAGAAAAUUGACGAAGCAUUCACGCUGAUGAUCAGAUGAUACGGAAAUGAAACGGAUACGAUGGAUGGCCGACGGAAAUAAACGGAAAGUUAAUCCCCUUUAAUCAUACGGUACACAUGGUAAAGCAUGUUGUACCACUCUAUUAAGCUACAUUAUUACACCAACAUUUUUUUCAUUCCCUAAAUACCCUAACCCUCAUUGGCUAUUAUAAGUUUUUAUAUAAGAAAUUUAAUCUUUUAAUGACUUAGUGUACAUGUCUUAUGUAUAUCCAGAAAUUCAUUGAUGUAUUUCACAAAUUUCCUUCAAUUCUCUCUUUAGUGUAAGAUUGAACUUUAGUGUCCAUAAUUUAGAAACUUAGAAUUUAUUUUUGUCUAGUGAAUAUGUGAUUUAUAAUAUGAUAAAGUUACUCCUUAUACAAGAUAUAACUUUCACAACUUUCUUUAAUUCAAAAAUUUUAUUGUACCUAAUAUAUAGUUGCAAUACUUGUUUCACUCGGCUGUUAGGUACAUUGUAUCAUCAAAUGUCACUUAUCAAUACCCUAUAUAUAUAUAUAUAUAUAUAUAUAUAUAUAUAUAUUCUAACCAUGUGCUUUGUUCGUUUUUUGGAACAAGGUUUUGGGAGAAGAAAAGCAAAUUCACAAUUGGAAUUUGGAACAGUAGCCACUCGUAAAUUUCUAUGCCAAUUCAAAUCUCCAGGAAUUGAGAGAGCUGUUUAUAAUGAAGAAAAGAGAAAGAAAUGGGAGAACAGAAAGGGAAGAAAAGAGAAAGAAGCUGACGGAAAGGAAGGAAAAGGGCGUAGGAGGACAUGGGAGAGAAAAGGGGGUAAAAUUAGUUGUUAAAUGGUAAAUGUAAAAAUAGUAUUUAUAGGGGGUGUUUGGAACUAAUUCUGCUUCUAUUUCUUUUUUAAAAGCAGAAGCUGAAUCAGAAUUAGUUUUCAGAAGCUGGUACCCCCCAGCUUCUAAAAAAACUGAUUCUGAGAGUAAAUUAGAGCUCCAGAAGUGCUUUUGCAAUUUCACCCAAACACUCCAGCUUCUGCUUCUGCUCCCUGAAGGAGCAGAAUCAGUUUUGAGAAUCAAAUCCAAACACCUCCAUAGUGUGUAUUAGUGUCUAAGAGGAGUGUGUACCUAAUCUCUGAAAAGCACGACUCGAAUACAAAUGAUCGAAGUGAACCUGUGAGAUUUUCUGAAUUGGUAAUCAUCUAGUCUCUUAAAUUCUUAAUCUAAUCUCUCAAGGAUGAGCUCGAUAUAUUACAAGGAAUUUCCCAUUUUAUUCUCUC